AUGGACGACAGAUGGGUGCACAACAAAACCUCGCGACGGAGCCUUCUCUCCACGAAUGACGAGUGUACCGUCAUUCAUCUGUCGUACGUCGCUGCUUCUGCACUUGGUCUCCUGCAGAGCAAUCACCUGAAAUUUGAUACCCUCUGCAGCUCCGAGAAGGACAUGCAGGUCACCGUCUGUGGACACUGUUCUCGCGUUGUAAGUGCACAGUCUGAGACAGUCCCCAUGGCGAGUCGUGCGUGUGUUGCCCUGGUCCAGAAUCAAAGACGACCUGAGCAACCUGAGAUUUGGUCGCCUCUUACCGGUCGACAUACCGUCUGA